CCUUAACUAAUCAUUUAAAGAAGAUCACAUUGCUUAUUUAAAAAACUUAUAUAUAUAAUUUGGCAAUAUUUGGUACUCCAUCAUAUCUACGCAGACGAAAAAAGUAAACUUCAAAGCUUUAAACACUAACAAAAAUGUCGACAAGAUUAUAUCCAGCUUUCAAAAAUGGGAACUCCAAGCUCCAUGUUUUCCUACCUGACUUCUGGAUGAAACUUGUGAAACCAAGUCAUAAUUUGCUUCCCAACCAAGUUCAGUUUGUUGUUUCACCCCAAAUGACCAAACUUGAUGUAAAACAAUACCUCGAGAAAAUUUACAAUGUCCCUGUUAUUCAUGUCAACACAUUCAACAAAAUGGGUAAAACAAAAACUGUUCCAAAUCAUUAUAUUACAAAGGAACCAGAUGAGAAGAUUGCUUUUGUUACUCUGCAUAAGGACCAUAAGUUUGUCUUUCCGGAUAUAUUUGCCAAAGGUGAUGAGGAAUUAAAUGAACAGUCAAAAAGCACGAAGGCGUCGAAGGAGCAGUAUGCACAGAAAACAAAACUGAAUGUAUCAAAACAGGGAGUCCCUACAUGGUUUAGUCAUUAAUGGAAAUGUACAUUAUUAGAAUACAAGUAUAACAUAAUGCACUUGCAAAA